AUGAUGUGUUUGAUCCUUUUAGGACAAUCUAUUUUUUUGGCUUUGCAAGUUGCAUCAACCUUUUGGCUUGCUAUAGCCAUUGAAAUUCCAAAAGUAACAAACGCCGAUUUGAUCGGAGUUUAUGCACUAAUUUCUCUUUCUAGUGUUGUUUUUGUCUAUGUAAGGUCUUACAUGACUGCACUUCUUAGAUUAAAAGCUUCUACUGCUUUCUUCACAAGCUUCACUGUAGUUAUCUUCAAUGCUCAAAAGUUGUUCUUUGAUUCAACUCAUGUAGGAAGGAUUUUAACUAGAGCUUCAUCAGAUUUGAGUAUUUUGGACUUUGACUUACCUUAUUCCAUCACCUAUGUAGCAUCUAUGACAAUUGAAAUUUUGGUGAUAAUUUGUAUAAUGGUUUCAGUCACAUGGCAAGUUCUCAUUGUUGUUGUUCCUGCAAUGGUUGCGUCAAUAUACAUUCAGGUUUAUCCAACUUCUACUUUUUCUUGA